AUGUUUCAUGUUCCAUGUUCUGAAAAAGAUUUAACUGCAGGAUUCGUUUGUACAAUGAGUGCCUCAAUAAUGGUUGUUAUUCGUGAUGAAGAUGAAUAUAAAACUGGCCUCGCUCCAGGCGAACCUAUCCAACCAUGUUCCAAUGGCUACCCCUGUCCUCUUCCUUCGGCUCUACCAAGUUAUCUACAUAUUUUUGCACCAAUUCCUCAUCCAGAUCCAAUUCCACUUUCACCACCCUCAUAUCCACCACCACCACCACCACCACCAUCGAAUCCACCAUCGCCUACACCAAAUCAAGUUCCAAUUGCACCCCAACUUCCACCUCCAGUUCUAAUUGCACCUUCAUCUCCACUUUUAUCUUCAUCACCCUUACCUUCACCACCCUCUUCACCGUCCAUGAAUGCCCAACGAAUGCCUUGUUCAGAAAUAGCAACACUGAAUACUGAGAUAUGUACACAAUGUUGUCGACUUGCUAGCCGCUAUCAUGGAGUAAGAAAAGAAGAUAUUUAUGGCAUUCUUACUGAUUCAUCUGCAAUUAUUGGAUAUAAAACGGAAAAUAUUAACAUUAGUUCGAAAAAUAAUUUCACUGAAUUCAAAGGCGAAAGAACGAAAAAAAGUUGUGCUAGCGCAUCAUCACCAUGCCCCACUACAAAAUGCAUGUGUUGCGCUCCAAAUUAUCCUCAUUUCUCUCCACCACAACCAAUUCCUAUAGCAUCACUUCAACCGAAUUUAUACGUUCCAUUUCAUCCAGGAACAAUUCCAAGUCCACAGCUACCUUCGAAUAUGUUUUUUCCGCAAAUAAAUCCACAACUAACUUCGAACAAACGCUUACCCCUAUCACCAAUAAUUAACCAAAAUAUUCUAUCACAUAAUCUCAAGCCACAACCAAAAGAAUAUAUAAAUCCACCACAGCAUCAUAUGCUUCCGAUAAGAGGACCAUAUAUUCUACCAAAUACAGUAGUUUCGCACAGACCUGUUGCAGGAAUGUCGAUUUCACCUUGA